UGCAAUUAGGUCUUACAAUUCUUCAAGCUAAAACCCUCUCUGUUAACACGACAACACAGAGUGAGGUAAUGGCAACGACAGAAGACAAUGGAAAGAAGGAAGGAACCAACUUGCUUGGCUCGCCCACUUUCACAGAGUUGGAAAACGGCCGUUUCAGGUGCGUUGAAACUGGCCACGAGGUCCUUUCUAAGGACAUAGCGUCCUACUCUCACAGCAAAAAAUGUCGUUUGGGUCUCAUCGAUUUCGCCUUGUCCAAUCGCAAAGCCCCUCUCAACAUGUUCAAGCAAGACCCUCUCUCUCGUUCAAAGUUAAUAUGUAAGCUGACUGGGGACAACGUUAAUAAGUCUGAAGAACAUAUCUGGAAGCAUAUGAGUGGCAAAAGAUUUCUCAAUAAAUUAGAGCAAGAGGAAGAAGAUAAGUUAUCUUGCCAAGGAAUGGAAGUUGAAGAUAGGUUAGAGGAGUCAAAAAGUGCAGACGAUGGAGGAAAGGAUAAAAAGAAGAAGAAGAAGAAAAAGAAGAAGAAGAAUAAAGGAAUUGAUGAGGAGAACUUACUGGAGUCAAAAAGUGCAAAUGCUGGAGAAAAGGAUAGAAUGAUGAAGAAGAAAAAGAAUAAGGACACGACAGUUGAAGAAAUUAGAUCAGAAGUUAGGAAGUCUUCCGUUGAGGAUAGUGACACAGAAGAGGAAGACUUCUGGAUGCCUCCUGUUGGUGAUCGGUGGGACCAUGAUGAUGGGGGAGAUCGAUGGGGUUCUGAGUCUGAGUCUGAGUCAGUGCAGGAAAUUGAAGAUGGGAAUGUAAUCGAUGGUGCUGUUGUUGAGGAUUGCAAGGAGUCAGAAGAGUUGUCAUCAAGGACAAAAAGAAUGUCAAUAGAAAUUGGACCGAGCAGCUUUGCUACAAGAAAGAAGAAAAGUAAGAGCCAGCACACUUAGAUUGGUUUGGAAGUCAAUUUUUCGGUGCAUGAAUCAAACUGUGUCAGUCCAUGCUAUUCGCACAUGGGUACAAAAUGCAUUUUACCAUUGAAUUUUUUCUUGUUUUGAGAAGCUGCUUUAUCGUCAUAUUUGUAUUACGAGUAGCAUCAAAUUGGAUAAAAUUGCAAGUCUUUAAAUUAAGCAUGCAAUCAAUUGCAGGUCAAAAGUUCAUUAUAAUGAUAGUUCA